AUGUCAGGACGUGUCUCCGUGAAAGAGCUUUCUACGAAAACUGUACCUACGAAUACGAUUGUAGUUUCCACGAACUCUCUGAGCCAGGUUGAAGUUGUCGUUGAUGAAAACGACGAUAACACCAAAAUGUGGGAGAACUCGGUUACUUUUGAAUUUCCUAUCGUUUCUGUGGAUACCUCUAAUAAAACGGUUGUUUGCCAUAUUGGAAGUCCACAUUCUGGCUAUACUAUACAAACUCACCAGAAGAACGGUAUGCUUGAUGGCGAAGCGAAAAUAUACAAUACUGAUGGUAGAAUAAUUGGAAUUUUCACCUAUCAACGUGGAGUUGAGGAUGGAAAGUGUACAUUUUACUACAAUACUGGAAAUAUCUUUUUCACUGGCUUUUUGAAGAAUGGCUAUCGAAAUGGUUUUGGAGUAGAAUAUCAGAAAGAUGGAUCGAAAAGUUAUGAUGGAUUAUUCAAGAAUGGUCGUCAAGCACCAAAUAUUAGUAAAAAAUAUGAUGGUACUAACCACUGGGUUGAAAAAGAUAAUUUCCGUAAUGUGGUUUCCGUAAUUCAGAUUGAUGAGAAUGGUCUGAAUCACGGAAUAUGCUAUUUCUAUAAGAAUGGAGCAAUUAGCUAUAUCAGCAAAUGGAAGCAUGGUGAAGAAGUGGAGAUUUUACAGAAGUUCAGUGGCAGUACCAUGAGAUUAUAUAAGAAUGGCCGUGAAGUCUACCAAGGAGGCUAUAAGAAAAAGUCAGACUAUGAGUAUAUUCCAGCAUCUUCAUCGGCUGCUGAUAAAAACUACAAGAGCCAGGAUGAAUUAAAGCGAGAAUACAAGGCGAGUAAAUUCAAACUGGUUAUCUCAACGUUGACCUCAUUAGCUUUUAUCGACUUAUUCGUAUACUGUAUAUUAGUAUUCUUUUCAAAUGAUAUUGUUGUUGAAAAAUGUAUUUGGAUGGCUUAUACUUGCGUCAUAUUAAUGAGUAUUUGCAUAUUCUGUAUCCUGUUAAUGGUCUGUAAUCUGAUGAAGAAACAAUGA